AUGAGCAAAGCCAAGGUAACGGGGUUUUUGCCAAUUGAUACUGACGAUGAAAGUUUACGUGAACGUCAUGUUGAUCAAUCAAAAGCAAAUACCUCUGAUAUCCAAGGUGAACAAUUAGAUUGCUCUGACCAACUAGAAAAAGAACAUAAGACAAAAAAAGGCGAACAGUACACUACGUUAAAGAUUCUAAGGGAUAUCAUAGGACCCCUUUUAUUGACUAUAUGGUCAUUUUAUCUAAGAUUCAAACGUAUAGAUCAGAACAAUUAUGUCGUCUGGGAUGAGGCUCAUUUUGGAAAAUUUGGAUCAUACUAUAUCAAACAUGAGUAUUACCAUGAUGUUCACCCCCCACUAGGUAAAAUGCUUAUUGCAUUGAGUGAAUGGAUAGCAGGAUUUGAUGGUCAAUUUGACUUUUCCUCUAAUAAUGCAUAUCCUGAAAACGUAAACUUCAAAAUAAUGAGACAAUUUAACGCGACGUUUGGCGCUUUAUGUACACCAGUAGCUUUCUUCACAGCGAAAUGGAUGGGAUUCAAUUAUCUUACUGUUUAUUUAAUUGCUACAAUGGUAACUUUGGAACAUUCAUAUAUUGCCCUGUCAAAAUUCAUAUUACUAGAUUCAAUGUUGCUUUUUUUCUCGAUGACGACGUUUGCUUGUAUGGUAAAGCUGUAUACUUUGAGAAAACAACAAAUGACGAGAAAGUGGUCUUUAUGGAUGUUAUUAACGGGGUUAUCUAUAGGUUGCGUUUGUUCAGUGAAAUGGGUUGGUCUGUUUAUCACAGUUGUAGUUGGCCUCUACACAUGUAUCGAACUAUUUUUGCUCUAUUGUGAUAGUGGAUUGCCUAGAAUAAAAUAUUACAAACAUUGGCUUAUCAGAAUCAUUAAUCUGAUAGUUAUUCCUUUUCUAAUCUAUCUCUAUUGCUUUAAAAUCCACUUUGUCUUGUUGUACAAGUCCGGUACAGGGGAUUCCACCACAAAUACGUUAUUUCAAAUAAACUUAGAGGGAACUCAGAUUGAGGCGGGUCCUCGCGAUGUAGUAUUUGGAUCAGAAUUGACCAUAAGAUCACAUGGCUUAAGCCCAAAUCUGCUACAUUCACAUGUUCAAUUAUAUCCAGAAGGCUCUGGACAGCGCCAAAUCACGGGAUAUGGGUUCGCCGAUUCUAAUAAUGUUUGGAAGUUUGAAUUCUCUAGGUCUUCUGGAUUGGAACUAGACCAGAACGGAACUUUGAAUGGCAAAAUAAUUCCGAUAACGGAUGGCAUGGAAGUUCGCCUCAGCCAUAAAAAUACAGGAUCUAGCCUUCACUCGCAUGAUGUGCCUUCUCACGUCUCUAGAGGGAAUUUUGAAGUUUCAGGCUACGGAUCACAAAGUGUUGGAGAUGAGAAGGACGAUUGGAUAAUAGAGAUUGUAAAACAAAUGGACUCACCGAAUCCAGCCUAUUCUAAUGAAAAUUCAACUAUAUUGCAUCCAGUUUCUACUUUCUUCAGGUUAAGACACAAAGUUUUGGGUUGUUACUUGGCCUCUACUGGGUUGACAUAUCCUGCUUGGGGGUUUAAACAAGCUGAAAUUGUCUGCAAGGACUCAUGGAGCCGUAGAGAUAAAUCGACCUGGUGGAAUGUAGAGGAUCAUUGGAACAACAAUUUAGAAGCCGCAAAGGAUUAUAUUCCACCAAAAUCCAAUUUUUGGACCGAUUUUAUUUUAACUAAUUUCGCCAUGGCCUCCUCUAAUAGUGCGUUAGUUCCUGAUGAAGAUAAAUAUGAUAGUUUAUCAUCUGAUGCGUGGGAAUGGCCAACGUUGCAUAAAGGGCUAAGGAUGUGCUCAUGGGCAGGAUAUAUCCCUCGAUACUACCUUAUGGGAUCUCCCUUCAAUACCUGGAUUUCCACUGCCUCCUUGAUCAUCUUCCCAUUUGUUGUUCUUUUUCUGUUAUACCGUUGGAGAAGGCAAACGCUCUAUCUCUCAGACGACAAAAUCUGGCAAGUCGCCAUACAAGGCAUAUUCCCUUUCAUUUCUUGGAUGACACAUUAUUUGCCCUUUGUAAUGAUGGGGAGAGUAACGUAUGUACAUCACUACGUUCCCGCAUUAUAUUUUGCAAUCCUCGUGUUCGGAUUUGUGAUUGAUUUCGCUCUGACAAGAGCCCAUUGGAUUGUCAAAUAUCCUAUCUAUUUGUCAUUAUUUGGCGGAUGCAUAUACAUAUACAAUCUGUUUGCUCCAAUAUGUCAGGGUAUGCAUGGUGAUAGAGCGGAAUACUCAUCUUUGCAAUGGUUAUCCACUUGGGAUAUCGCAUUUUAG